UAAAAGUAUGCGGCCUUUACCAAUGUAGAUUCUUAAAGAUAAUUAAUUAACACUCUCAAUGUUAUGAACACUCCGAAGUAAUAAGCAGGCAAGGCAGGAUUCAUAGAUAUGGCAGAUUCCACGACGCAGGGAGCCACGAAAAUUACGCGAAAGGCUAUGGCUGGGACGAGGCAACCUGCGCGGAAGAACGGACAAGAGAAGGAUUCUCGAAAGAAUACUCAUGAGAGAAAGCCUCCAACCCCGCGAUCUUCAACCUAUCUGAUAUCAUGGCUAGAUCCCCUUCCCUGCUCAUAUAUGAGUCUGACCCCAUUAUGCAAUAGCGCUGCGUGCGUAACCGCAUUUGUGGUAUGGAUGCUCCACGGUAGGGCCCAAGAUGCCGUGCGGGAGGGUUGUCGAGAGGACACGGAAUACUUGAGAUGAAAGGUCCUACCCCUCCGGGUUCACGCCCUUGAUCUCGAACAUCGACUCGUUAUGUUGUAGUCUGGUCUCGGUGAUAGUCGGCACACGGUCCUCAACGUAGCUUCGGAUGGUGUCUCGGCAUCCGACGCAGCAAACGUAAUGGAUUGUCAUGUUGUGGUUUAUUGCUGUUCAG